GUCCAUCGGAGGCCGCCGCUUCCUCCUCUAUCGCUCAUAAGAUACUCUAGAGAACUUAUGUGCGUGACGCCUCCCUCCCACCAUGGCAUACUAUACUAGGCAGUUCGUUUUGUCACAGCUGCAUUUGCUUACCAACUAUUAUCUGCCCAUAUAAGUGGGCACAGUGUCCUUCAGUACUGGCAGAGGUCGUCAAGUAACUUUGAGAUUGCUCAUAAGCACCCCGAGGGCUUGAUGGCUUCGUCAACGACAAUUACUCCUUAUCUUGUCUAUUUAGCUUUCAUUGUCACACUUGGACCGUUUCAAUUUGGUUACCACCUGGGAGAACUCAAUGCCCCUCAAAAGGUCAUCACAUGCGAUGUGGCUCAAUUGCCCGAAUAUAGUAUUCUCGGCCUUCCACAAUGCAUACCGAUGGAUUCCGCCCAAUGGGGACUGGUCCAGUCUCUCUUUACCAUCGGAGGGCUCUUUGGUGCCUUAUUCAGUGGCUCAAUAGCCGCCCGAUUCGGACGACUGUAUGCAAUGAGAUGGUUGUCGUUUUUCUUGGCCGUCGGACCGAUUGCUGAGGCCACCGCAAAUGGGAUGUGGGCCAUGGGCAUGGGAAGAGCGAUAUCUGGGGUUGGAGCUGGUGCUGCCACUGUCGUUGCUCCCAUCUACAUCUCCGAAAUCUCCCCUCGGGAAAGUCGCGGUCUCUUCGGCGCCUUUACCCAGGUCCAGAUCAACGCCGGUAUAUUCAUUGCCCAGCUCCUGGGAUACUUCUUAUCCCGGAACAACACGUGGCGCUGGAUCCUUGCAACAGCCGGCUUCAUUGCGACAGCGACGUUAGUUGGUUUGGCAGGUGCUCCUGAAACACCCAAGUGGCUCGCAGCCAACAAUCGACCUGGGACUGCAAGAGAAGUCUUGCAGCGUAUCCGAAGUCCGAGUGCUGAUAUUGGAGAGGAAAUGGAAGACUGGGACAUCGAAGUGGAUGCAGAGGAGCAACGCCUUCUGGAACCUACAACCGAACCCAGACCACCGACACAACGUACUAAAUCCUUCCUCGACGUUGUCAGUAACCCGAGGUACAGAAAAGCUGUGAUUGUGGUCUCUGGAGUUAUGAUGGCACAGCAACUCACUGGAAUCAACAGUGUGGUCAUGUACAGCGUUUCCAUCCUCGGAAACAUCAUGCCCAAUCAGGCAGCGUUGGUCACCGUCAUUGUUUCCGCGGCCAACGUAUUGGUGACCACGGCGGCGGCGCCUCUAGCUGACCGCUUUGGUCGAAAACCAUGCUUGCUCAUGUCGCUUUCAGGAAUGGGUUCAGCGUCUGUGAUGCUCGCUACAGGACUUACACGCGAUGUCCCAGCAUUGACUGUGAUCGGUCUGGUCCUCUUCGUCUGCAGUUUCGGCUUUGGAUUAGGGCCGGUACCCUUCAUGAUGGCGAGCGAGCUGGUCGGGCCGGAAGCUGUUGGAGCGACAUCCAGCUGGGCACUGGCAUGCAACUGGCUAUCAACCUUCCUGGUUGCUCAAUUCUUCCCAAUUCUCAACGACGCCCUUCCCAGAGGAAAGGUCUUCUGGAUUUUCACAGCACUUGCCGCGGCAUUUGCAGCCUUUGUCGGGAUUUUGGUACCCGAAAGUAGGGGGCGUGCCAACCCGGAUGAAGUAUGGGGGAGAGCGCACCGAUCAUAGAUUAUAUGACCUGGAUUUCCGGGUGGGCAGUAUGAUCCUGCUCCUACCAACCUAGGUUUCUGGAGAGUGACUUCAUAGCGCUUUGCCCGUGCUGGCUGAAAGAGUGAUGAAGAGGCUGUAUUGUUAGUGUAUCAUUAGUGAUGCCAAAGGUCGCAACAAGGUCUUAGUUGAGCCUGGAGUUUUAUCUUUCUGUGUCGAGUGGAAACAUUCCCCAGCCACCUCAGCAGGAGAAGUAAUGGAGCAUCCCGACGAUAUGUCAAGCAAAGAGAGUCCAUGCCCACUUCUCCUCUCCCACGAAUCAACAAGAAUGGCUCAUAGUAUAUCCGAUGGGAACUGGUAUCUGACUGCUUCGUUGCCGCUCGAUAUCCAGUGCAUCUUGGUCAAGAGAAAGGACCCAGAGAACCGUACAGGCAUACCCCUAGAGUCUCUUCACCCUUGCAUUGUACCAUUGCAAGUUUGCUCAACAACCACGAAAUAGAAUUGUCCCAUUUCCUAA